AUGAUCCCCAUCGUGGUCCUAGGCUUGCUGAUUCCUUCGAGUCACGGUUACAACUACAAGGACAAUAUCGUAUACAUGCGAGGAUUACCAGCAGAUACUUCUUGCACCCAAAAUGCUGAUGGAUCUGCAACUUUCAGCACUUCGUUCCUCGUGAAGAGCAAAGGCUCACAACCUAAUGGAGACGAUGGAGUAGUUGUCUCGUUUGCUUGUGCCAACACAGAGCAAAUCAAGUCUGGACAAGAUUGGUACAAUUGCAAGAACCCAACAGCAGGCAUGAAUGGCACAGUAAUGAUGUGUGGGCUAGCUGAUGAUAUAUCUCAAUACGGCGGAACUCUCACUUGUCCCAAGACACAGUGCACUGAUCCGGCACCUUUUGCGAUGACCGCUGUAGAUAACACUGGAACCAACAUGCCUGUGGUUGGUACGCUCGUCGCACCAAACCUUGAAAACAAAUGCAGCGCUGGCAACACCACUGUCAAUAUUGUGCAAAUGAAUCAUGACUACUUUUGUUGGAAUGGCGGUAAUCAGCAAGCAACCCGAUCAGUCGGCACAAUUGUCUUAGUGAACUGCAAACGUCCUUCUGACCACUUAUCAACCAUCAUAACCACGUGGUCUCAUCCUGUAACCAUUGCUAAGGAAACAUUUGGUAUUGGAAAUCCAAAGACUGACGGCACAAAAUUUACUUUUGACGUUCAGAAGGGCAGCGUUGGUGGUGGAGCACUACUCACUGGAGGUGGUCCAUGUUCAUCAAUCGAUCCUAAGACAAACCAUGGAAUCGAGACUGCUGGUCAAGAGUUCAAGAUGCUUUCUUGCACUGCAACUCUAAGUGGCAAGGAUGUUCCCUGUACUGUUGGGUUUGAUAACAUUGGGGGAAACACCAAAUACUAUCAAUGGAUAGCAACCGGCCCAGACCCAUUCUUGCUUACUGCUCAGGGUGCUGGAAAGACUGUUAGUUGCUGA